AUGGACGUCUCCGAGAAAUCCCCUGUGGAGACACAUGCCCUCCGCUUGGCGGAAUCCUUGCGUUCUCGAAGUACAGUUCAAGUUGUUCUGGAAUCCAUGUUCUACGGUUCCAUUUGCACGUCUACAUUUUUCGGCAACCUCCUUAUUCUCUACAUUAUUUACAAGCCGCCGAGACUUCGAAACGUACCAGGGUUGUUUAUAGCUUCGCUCGCUUUUUCAGACACCGCAACAAUCGCCCUCGCUACUCCGCCAUCUUUUGCAUCACUCAUCGCAGGUCGCUGGACUUGUGGCUUCAUUGCAUGUCAGCUUCAAGGCUUUGUUGUCAUAGCAUCAGUAGCUGCCUCGCUGCAGAUCAUGGCCCUUAUGUCUAUCGAUCGAUAUUUCCGCGUUGUUCAACCGAUGAAGCAUCGAAUUUUCUUCACCAUGCCACGCGCACGGUUGAUGACCGCGUCGGUCUGGAUCUUAUCUCUAAUGUACCCAGUCCCUUAUCGUGCCAGUGAUAGAAAACACAUCUUCCACCCCGGAAAGUUUUUCUGUUUCCACGAAGCGGACUCAUCCUUUACAGCCGACGUUAUUUACAUCUGCAUUUUUAUUUCCCUUGCUGUUCUGUCAUUUUGUUAUUUUAAAGUUUUCAGACAUCUGAGGCUGGACACAAGACGCGUUAAAAACCUACGAGGAGCAUCUGUCGCUACAGAUGACAACACACGUCAUAUAUCACAAGAAGAGAUAAGACUUACGGGAUCUUUAUUUGUCACUGUGCUUGCAUAUCUGAUUUGUUGGACUCCUGUUCUUAUUGUCGACUUUGUAGAAACGGGUGUUGGUGAUUGGUCCCUUUCCCAUGGGGUCUAUGUCAUGUACACCACUAUUGGAACCACAAGCUCCUCUCUGAACCCCAUUAUGGAGUCCUUAAUCAAACAUUUCGUCGAGAAUACAGGAGGAUUUUUUGCUUCAAGCACUGAUUAA